CUGCGUGUUCGGAGCGCAGCGGUCCGCGCCGGGGCGUUCGCGGCGGCGGGGAACACCUGGUGCCAGUGACCGCGAGCUGCUAGCGUAGGAACCGCGCGACGCACAGUGCGGACGGACUGUGGAGACCUGAGGCCGGCGGGCUGGCAGGCUGGCUGGUGCAUGCAUGUGGACGUCUGCUGAUGCGGACGCGCGGCGCUCGGCUGAGGCGGCCGCGAUGAACGGCUACAUCAAGGUGCAGCGGCCCGGCGAGCUGCGGGCUGAAGAGGGCCUGGCCCGCUACACGUCAGGUAAGCAUCCACUUGUCAACUGGAGGGUGCCACAGACGUUUCCGAAGCUGAGCAGCCCAUUUCAAACAGGCAUGAUGACGGUGCCAGUGCUUCCUUACGACGCUGGUCGCAUGAGCCUCUUCCAAGAUCUCAAACUCAAGCGCAGAAAGGUGGACUCAAGGUGCAGCAGUGACGGCGAGAGCCUGGCCGACACGUCCACCAGCUCUCCAGACAGCGGAGGCUCGGCGGGAGGAGGCGCUGCCUCUCCCCACCACCUGCACAGCGACGCCCCCACCUCCCCGCCCAAGGACAGGGGAACGCCGGAGCCGGUGGCGCGCGUACCGGCGGCCACCUCCCUGAUGGCGGUUUCAACGGACCAAACUGAGCUGUCCUCGGUGACAGCACGCUCAGCGUCGUCGGACGACCACCAGCAGAAGCCGGACAACGGCAGCGGCGUGUUCGAUGGUGGCGGCGGCCAGGACGGUGACGGCGACGGCGGCGGUGGCGGCAGUGGUGGCGGCAGUCCGCCGGCGCCGGCGGCUGGCUCCGGCGAGCAGCCGCGGUUGCGCACGCCGCAGGUGAUCAUGGGUGAACACGGCGGCGUGCGGACAAUGGUGUGGACGUGCCCUGAGCCGAGCGCGGCGCCGGCGCUGCCGGCCCCGCUCUAUAGCGAGGAGCAGAUGGUGCGUCUGUCGGUGGACAGCCUGCUCAGCCUGGGCCAGGAGCGGCGGCUGUCGUCAGCGUCGUCGGCGCAGACGCCGCCGCACCUGUCGCCCAGCAGCUCGCUGACGCUGUCACCCUCGCCCCGAUCUCCGUACCACCCGUCCGUCAUUACGUCGACGCCGUCGUCGGCGGCGCCCGUCUCGGCGGCGCGGGACCUCUCACCCACGGCCGCCAGCUCACGCGCGCUGCCCGGCGCCGAGGCGCAGCCCUUCGGCGCGCUCGACAUGACCAAGUUCUGGGGACAGACGCAGGCUCUGAACCUCACCACCAGCUGGUCCCAGCGGACGGGGCCGGAGCCGUCGACUUCGACGCAGCACUACGACGACAACGACGAGCACCCCAUGAUCUGCAUGAUCUGCGACGACAAGGCCACCGGCCUUCACUACGGCAUCAUCACCUGCGAAGGGUGCAAGGGCUUCUUCAAGCGCACUGUCCAGAACAAGCGCGUCUACACGUGCGUGGCGGACGGCAAUUGUGAGAUCACCAAGGCGCAGCGUAACCGGUGCCAGUUUUGUCGCUUCCAGAAGUGUCUCAAGAUGGGAAUGGUGCUGGCAGCCGUGAGGGAAGACAGAAUGCCCGGAGGAAGGAACUCGGGGGCAGUCUACAACUUAUACAAGGUCAAGUACAAGAAGCAUAAAAAGAAGCAGCUGAACGGCUCCAUGAAGGUAGAAGGCAAGCCUAAGACCCUGGAGCUUCAAACCUCAGUGCCACCUGGUUUAUUUGCAGCAGGAAACAUUCUGAAGACGGCUCUGACGAAUCCGACCGAGGUGGACCACCUGCGGCACCGGAUGGAGAGCGCCGUCAGCUCGUCCCGCUCGGUGCCCUACGAGGCGUAUUCCUCCCUCAUCCGCACGCUCAUCGACUGUGAUAACUUCGAGGAUAUUGCGACGGUAAAGAACCUGAACGAGAUCUUCGACAACAAGUCGGAUAUCUCACAGAAGCUGUGUCACAUCGGUGACUCCAUAGUCUACAAGCUGGUGCAGUGGACGAAACAGUUGCCUUUCUACUCCGAGAUCCCCGUCCAGGUCCACACGCAGCUGCUGACGAGCAAGUGGCACGAGCUGCUGGUGCUGACGACAUGCUCGUACCAAGCAAUCCGCGGUAUCCGCCCGACCCUAACCAUCACGGCAGAUGGCACGCAAACAGAGUUCCAGCAGGAGGUGUCGAACAGCUUAUGCACUCUGCAAACGUGCUUGUCGAACAUGAUGAAUCAAGCGAUCUCGAUGGAGCAGCUGCGAAGGGAGGUUGGCGUGAUGAUCGAGAAGAUCACGCUGGUAACGGUGAUGCUGCGCAGCUUGGGCAUACGUAUGCAGGAAUACGUGUGCCUCAAAGUCAUCGCCCUCCUCAACGACUCCUCAUCGCUGUACGCCAACUCGGAGCACAUCGAGGACCGCUACCGGAGCUGCCUGCGCUCCUACGUGAUGCACGAGUACCCGGAGCAGCCCACGCGCUUCCAGCAGCUGCUGGCCCGCUUGCCCGAGAUUCGCGAGGCGGCAGCGCUGCUGUUGGAGAGCAAGAUGUUCUACGUGCCGUUCCUCCUGAACUCAACCAUCCAGCGGUAGUCGACGGCGUCCCGAACACACACACACACGCGCACACACACACACGUACAGACGCACCCAUUCACACAUUCUUGGGGGACCAUCAACGACUCGUGUGCCCUACACACGCACGCAAACAGGUCACGCACACACACACGCACGCACGCAUGUACGCACCCACUCACACACGCAGGCGAGCGCGCAUGCGCGCACACAUGUACGCACACACUCACGUGCAUGCGUACACUCAGCCACACAUGCACUUAUGCAUGCAGGUACGCAUACACGCGCGCAUGCACAAACGCACGCACACACACACACACACACACGCAUACACACGCACGCACGCACACACUCGAACACGCAUACGCGGGGGCGAGCGAGAGCGAGGGACGUCGGUGCCCGCGCCGGUGAUGACGGUCUCCAUAUGGGCGGGCAGAGUGAGCGGACGUGUCACUCCGGCAGAGCCCGGCCCCGGCCGCGGCGGCCUCGGCAGCAAUACACGAUGCGUGGCGCACCGAAUCAAAACGGCCGGGGGCCCGACGCCGCACUGCACGAGACGGCCGCCGAACUAGUCAGUUGUCAAGUGAAUGCCCUCGUAAGUUACCGUACCACGGUUGUCUUCUGCCAUGUUUUAUACUAGUCGGUUCAGCCGGUCACAGCGCGGCGCGAUGGAAAUUCGUGUUGAGUUGUCCCCUGGCGGGCGGGACGCGUUACCAGCCACUCCGGCGCUCCUUGGAACCUGUUCGCGAUCGGCGAAAACUCGCGCCGGACGCCGUUGUUCGGUUGCGCUGCCUUCUCUGUCUGGUUUGCGUUGUGUUGUCGGCUCGGUCGGAGUGUACAUAGAACGCUGGAGUAGCAGAAAUAUCGAGUAUUUAUCACGAGUGUGAUGCCUAGAUGAGCGAGUGGGGGUGCCGGCCUCGCGCUCGCGCCCCCCAGGCCUGUACAGCGUGUGACUAGGCCCGGCCAUGCGCCGCUGUGUGUGCGUGUUGGGGUCAGCUAGUGCCGACGGGCCGGCGGUGGCUUGCCACCCGUUAUUUUUAUUCUUAUUCUUAUUCAAGUACAACGGUCGUGAUGGUAGAUUUUUGGCUGCAUUUGGCGCGUGUGCCGCGUGAAUGGGGAGUGAACAGCCAGCAAAUUUAGUUACCAGUGCGACGAGACCAAAGUUUGAGUUACCACAAUCUGAGGCAGGCAGGCUGUUUGCGGUGAAGACCAUUCUGUGCGGAGAGCGCGUUUUCUACGAGUAUCCAAUCGUUUCUUUCUAAUUUUGUACCCAUUCACUGUGGUGGUUGUAACUUUUUAUUGUUACGUGGACGCAGACACAAUUUUGUACAGCAUCGUGAAUGUGUAUGUUUAUAUUCAAUGAUUGUGUGCAUUUAUGUAUGUUCCUACGCAAAAGAGGAAAUGUACCAUUAAAAAAUA